GUGCGGCACUCAGCGUGGACGGCAAGGACAUCUGCAUCCUGAUGAUCGGCGACUCUGUGGAGGUGGCCGUGUCGCACCACCCGGUGCCGACGAUCUGCCGCUUCACCGAGACGGGGGACUGGUUCGCGUCCGUGAACGAGGCGCUGCACUGGAACGGCCGCAAG